AUGGAACAAAUAAUCACUGAAUUCUAUGCCAAAAGUCUCCACAUCAUCCUUGAAUCUAGGACUCCAUACAUGUCCUCACGUAAUUAUAGUGGUGAACAAGCCCUAUCGUCGCCAUCAUCAUCCUCAUCAUCCUCAUCAAGUGUGAGGCCGAGGGAUAAGUGGUUUAAUUUAGCUCUAAGGGAAUGUCCUGCUGCACUGGAGAAUCUUGAUCUCUGGCGCCAGAGCCAUCUUGAACCUAUGGUGGUUGAUGUGAUUUUGGUCCAGAGACCACUUGAUUGUGAGCCCGUGAAGUGUUCACCUAAAAGGGAUCUUGUUAGGAACUUGUCAUUGAAAGAGCGGUAUCCAUACUGUUGGAAUUAUGAGCAGGAGGAAUAUGGGUGUGAGGCAAAGAGUGAAAAGAUUAUAGAGAGAUGGGUAGUGCAGUAUGACAGUCGGAAGAUUAGAGAUACAAAUUCAGGGAGCAGGAGGUCGAGCAGUAAUACUUUACAUUCAUUGUAUAAGAAGUCGAUGUUACUUUUGAGGUCUUUGUAUGUCACUGUUAGGCUUUUACCUGCUUACAAAGUUUAUCGCAACCUCAAUUCGUCUGGCCAAAUUCGGUCAUUUGCUCUUACUCACCGAGUAGCCUCUUUUGCUGAGCCCUUCACUUGUAGAGAAGAGGCAGCAAUGCAGCGGUUUGGGUUCACCCCUGUGGAUACGGCUUGUGGUAGGCUUUGCCUUUCAGUGUUGUAUUGUUCAUCACUUUCAGAUGUAAGCUCUGAAUCAUCAACUCCUAUGUCUCCACAACUUAUUCCGGACUAUGUUGGCAGCCCAUUGACAGACCCACUUAAAAGGUUCCCAUCACUUCCUGUGACAGGAUCAGUAGCACAUGCCUUUCCACCAUCUUCCUCAUUCUCAAGGCGACAUAGUUGGAGUUUUGACCAUUAUAGAGCUUCACCACCUUCAGUUUCCUUCUCACCUUCACCUACAUAUUCAGAACCACGUGCUUAA